UUGACAGUAAACAGCUGACAGCAGAUGACUGGUGAUAACAGAACUGGAUCUUUCUCAAAACAGAAUAACUACUCUAAGCAUAGAGCAGCCGGACGGCAGGGUAGGAUCCGCCUCAUUCUCACACACCGUGUCUGAACUUGCCGGUGCCCGCCGCAUCAUGGACCCUCAACCCAACCAAGUUAACUCCAGAGGGAGAAACUACCCGAAGCAAAGCGCAGCGGAAGCGUCCGUAGAGGAGCCUCAGGCCCGGCAGGUGGACGGACAACCCCCCGCGGUGGGGAGGCAGCCAGGGGCAGACCGACAGCCACAGUACUCAGGAGCUUUCACUGUCAUUCCGCCCAACCAGACCAUCCGGAACAAGAUCAAAGAAACAGCUCAGAAGGGAAUGGACAAUCUGCAGAGAUACAGGGAGGCACACAGGCCUGGUCCACUGCACCUCGCUCCAGAAAGGCUGGGUGGAGGGGAUGUAACUAUAACCGAGGCCAGGCAGAGGCAGUUUACCAACCAGAGAAACUCCAGUCUGCAGAAGAAGCUUAAAAAGGAGGAGAUGGACAAGAAGAAGAAACAAGAGGAGGAGGAAGAGUUGCAGAAGAUGAAGGCCACACAGAGGGAGAAGGCUGAACGUCUGGAGCUGAAGAGGCGGCAGGAGGACGAGCGGAGGCAGGAGCAGUUCCACUCGGAUCAGACCAGGAAGAAUGACAGUUUUCUGCAAAGUCUCCAGAGAGCGGCCGCUCCAUCCGCCAGUGCUGCACACACAUCCUCCAUGAACAAAGUGGGCGACCAGGAGACAGAAAAACUGACGAGAAGUACAGAAGAGCUGCAGCUGGAACACAGGAGGGUGAACCAAGCCUUUCUCGAUAAGCUGGAACGUAAUGCCAGGGGGUCGGAGGUCGAGGCGAGCAGCCGCACCGUCCGGGAGGAAGAAGCUCCAUGUUUGGCCCCUGACGAUCACAGGCGACCCGCCGCAGCCGGAGGCGUCAGCCUGACUCACCUGGAGCCCAGUCCAGAACGCCGCUGCUCCGACUGGACGGAGGAAACUGGUGAGCUGAAAUGACGUGUGUGGGCAACC